AUGCCAGCAAUUGGAAUCGAUCUUGGAACUACGUAUUCGUGUGUCGGAGUAUGGCAACAUGGAAAUGUGGAAAUUAUCGCUAACGACCAAGGCAACCGAACAACCCCAUCUUACGUCGCAUUCACGGACACGGAACGCUUAAUCGGAGAUGCUGCCAAAAAUCAAGUAGCAUUGAACCCCAACAACACGGUAUUUGAUGCGAAGCGAUUAAUUGGCCGUAAGUUUGACGACCCGAAGAUACAACAGGAUAUGCAACACUGGCCUUUCAAAGUCAUCAAUGAUUGCGGGAAACCAAAGAUCCAGGUGGAAUUCAAAGGCGAAAUCAAACGAUUCGCACCAGAAGAGAUAAGUAGCAUGGUGCUGACUAAGAUGAAAGAAACUGCUGAAGCGUAUUUAGGCUCCAGCGUGCGAGACGCCGUGAUCACAGUGCCCGCAUACUUCAACGACUCCCAGCGUCAGGCCACCAAGGAUGCGGGGGCUAUAGCUGGAUUAAAUGUUUUACGAAUAAUCAAUGAACCUACUGCUGCUGCUCUGGCGUAUGGUCUGGAUAAAAACCUUAAAGGUGAGAGGAACGUAUUGAUAUUCGACCUCGGCGGAGGUACCUUCGAUGUAUCCAUCCUAACGAUAGAUGAAGGCUCUUUGUUCGAGGUGAAAUCUACAGCAGGUGACACCCAUCUGGGAGGUGAAGACUUCGACAACCGCUUAGUCGAUCAUCUAGCGGCUGAAUUCAAACGCAAGUAUAAAAAGGAUCUUCGUGGUAAUUCACGGGCUCUGCGUAGACUACGUACAGCGGCGGAGAGAGCUAAACGCACACUCUCCUCUAGCACGGAAGCCACCUUGGAAAUUGAUGCGUUACAUGAAGGCAUCGACUUCUACACGAGAGUUUCUCGGGCUAGAUUUGAAGAAUUGAACUCUGACUUGUUCCGAGGAACGUUGGAACCGGUUGAAAAGGCUUUGAAGGAUGCCAAGCUCGACAAAAGCUCCAUCCACGAUGUGGUACUCGUUGGAGGUUCUACUCGUAUUCCGAAGAUUCAGAACAUGCUUCAGAACUUCUUCUGUGGCAAAAAGUUGAAUCUCUCCAUCAACCCUGACGAGGCGGUCGCAUAUGGAGCAGCGGUGCAAGCAGCUAUCCUAAGCGGUGAACAACAUAGCAAGAUCCAAGACGUUCUGUUGGUAGACGUGGCGCCUCUUUCUCUGGGCAUCGAAACAGCUGGAGGAGUCAUGACGAAGAUCAUCGAAAGAAAUGCUAAAAUACCAUGCAAGCAAAGUCAAACAUUCACCACGUAUUCUGAUAACCAACCAGCCGUCACAAUACAGGUAUACGAAGGUGAAAGGGCUAUGACCAAAGAUAAUAACCUAUUAGGUCGCUUCGAUCUCACGGGCAUACCACCCGCACCUCGAGGUGUUCCCAAAAUAGAUGUAACCUUCGAUCUCGAUGCUAAUGGAAUCUUGAAUGUCUCUGCCAAAGAGAAUAGUACGGGCAGGAGCAAGAACAUAGUCAUCAAGAACGAUAAAGGAAGGUUGUCGCAGGCUGAGAUCGAUAGAAUGGUUUCCGAGGCCGAGCGUUACAAGGAAGAGGAUGAACGGCAACGAGAGAGAGUAUCAGCUCGCAACCAACUCGAGGCUUACAUAUUCAACGUGAAACAGGCCAUAGAAGACGCAGGAGACAAGCUGAGUCAGACAGACAAGGAUACCGUCAGAAACGAAUGCGACGAAACUCUAAAAUGGCUCGAUAAUAAUGUACUGGCUGAGAAGGAGGAGUACGAACACAAACUGAAGGAAAUACAACGAGUGUGUUCACCAGCCAUGAGCAAGAUGCACGGAGCAUCGAACAACUACCAACAAAACAACACAGGACCCACCGUCGAAGAAGUUGAUUGA